GUUGAGUGCGUGGGUGAGGGAGUGAGGGGUGGGUGACUUCGUGGGUGACUGAAUGGACGAGUGGGCGUCGGAGUGACUGGCGGGCGAGUCGACGGGCGAGGGAGUGUCUGCACCACCACCACCCACGCCCCGUCUCCCCUCUCUCCCCAUGUCAUCCCCGUCUGCACGUGGAAUCGCCACAAGCAGCCGCUCGUCGCGGGGGGCACACGAAGCGAGUCGGCGAAGCCACCCAGUGAGUCACUGCCACGAAUCGUUAAGGUGCCGGGCUGAGCACGGAGCAGAGGUGGUGAGAGAGAGAGGAGGAAGAGGGAGGAGGAAGAGAGAAGACUGAAAACAACAGCACGUAGCAUAUUGCGGGGAGUAGAGAGGAGAGAGAGUGGGGGAGGGGGUUAGAGAGGGAGGUGGGAGAGACGGGAGGCGAGAGGGUGGUGGGGGGGGAGUGGGAGACGGACGGACACAGCAACGGCGAAGAACGAAUCGAGCGAUAUCCACUGCAGAGGACGACUGCCGCGUCUCUGGCGACUGAGCGAGACUCGGAGACACCCAGAAGGAAGGUGCAGCUAUUAAACUGGCGGAGAAGCAGAUCUCGUGAGCGACGCAGAACGACUGAUAAGUGACUGACAGACAGACACGCGUACAGGGCAACAUUGAGACAGGCACAGAGAGAGAGCCAGAGAGAGAUAUCAAUCUGAGAAUAUUUAGAUACUGAGACACGGAUAGACAUCGGGGUAAAGAGAGUACACAUACACACACUGACACACACACUGACAGACACACACUGACACACACACACUGACACACACACACAGUGACACACACACACACUGACACACACACUGACACACACACACACACACUGACACACACACACACUGACACACACACACUGACACACACACACACUGACACACACACACACUGACACACACACACUGACACACACUAACACACACACACACUGACACAUACACACUGACACACACACACACUGACACUGACACACACUGACACACACACACUGACACACACAGACACACACACACUGACACACACACACACACACUGACACACACACACACUGACACACACUGACACACACACACUGACACACACACACUGACACACACACACUGACACACACACUGACACACACACACACUGACACACACACACUGACACACACACACACUGACACACACACACUGACACACACACACUGACACACACACACUGACACACACACUGACACACACACACUGACACACACACACUGACACACACACUGACACACACACACGGACACACGGGGCCGGCAUGGCUCUUCUCGCGCUCUGCAUCGUCGCUGCUCUGUGCAGUAGCCGCGCGCUCCUGGCCGCGCGUCCCUCCUCUUCCUCCUCCUCCGCCGCGGGCCGCGGGUCCGUAGGGUCCGGGUUGGGCUCCGGCCCGGGGCUGGCCUCGGUGCCCAACUCCGGGUUGGGGAUGGGGGGGCCGCUGCGUCGGAGAGGAGAGGGAGGAGGCGGAGGAGGAGGUGGAGGAGGUGGUGGAGGAGGAGGAGGUGGAGGAGGAGGUGGAGGAGGAUCCCGGGGGGGAUCAGCCGGCGGUCCAAAUCGUUCUCUGCAACAACAGCAACAGAAGCAGAAGCAGCUACAGCUGCAGCUGCAGCAGCAGCAGCAGCAGGCGGGGUCGGGCGGUAGCUCCCCGGACCCGUGCUACAACGAAAGCGGCCACCCGCGCCGCUGCAUCCCCGACUUCGUGAACGCGGCGUUCGAGAUGGAGGCGCGCGCCAGCAGCACGUGCGGGAGCCCCCCGUCACGGUAUUGCUCCUCUAUCUCCUCCUCAUCCUCCUCCUCAUCCUCCUCGGGUCCUUCCGGAGGCGAUGGCCGGGGCCACAUCCUCGCCGGCGCUGCUGCUGCUGCUGCGGCUGCAACGGGAGGAGGAGGAGGAUCCGUCGGCGUCGGCUGCCGCAUCUGCGAUUCGUCCGACCCGCGCGGCGCCCACCCUCCCUCGCUGCUCACCGACCUCCACAACCCGCACAACGCCACGUGCUGGCUGUCCGAGGCGGGCCUGUCGCCCGGCCAGAACGUCACCCUCGUGGUGCCUCUGGGCCUCAAGUACGAGGUGACCUUCGUGAGCGUCCAGUUCUGCACGCCGCUGCCGCCCGACUCGCUCGCCAUCUACAAGUCCAUGGACCGCGGCAAGACGUGGGUGCCCUUCCACUUCUACUCGAGCCAGUGCCGACGCGUGUUCGGGCGGCCGCACCGCGGCACCGUCACCAAGAUGACCGAGCAGGAGGCGCUGUGCACCGACGCGCACCUGUCCCAGGGCCUCGUGGCAUUCAGCACGCUGGACGGGCGUCCGUCGGCCAACGAUUUCGCCAACAGCCCCGUGCUGCAGGACUGGGUGACGGCCACCGACAUCAAGGUGGUGCUGGUCAAGCCGUGGAGCAAUUUGGCCGGGGGGUCGUCAUCGUCCUCGGCAUCAUCAUCAUCCUCCUCCUCCUCCGGCGGGGUCAUCGGCGGCGUCGUCUCGCCUGGGUCAACAGCCGGCGGCGGCGGCGCCGUCAGCAACGAGCUGGCGGACGGAACGCCUCCAGAGAGUCGCUACCACGGCGUGGCCGACAUCCAAGUCGGGGGCCGCUGCCGCUGCAACGGGCACGCGUCGCGGUGCGGCCGCGACCGCGACGGGGCGGCCGCGUGCGAGUGCCGCCACAACACGGGCGGGCCCGAGUGCGACUCGUGCCGAGCAUUCCACCACGACCGGCCCUGGCAGAGGGCCACGAGCAGAGAUGCCCACGAGUGCGUCGCCUGCCGCUGCAACCUGCACGCGAGCCGCUGCCGCUUCAACAUGGAACUCUACAAACUGUCGGGACGCACCAGCGGAGGCGUCUGCCUCACGUGCCGUCACAACACCGCCGGCCGGCACUGCCACUACUGCAAGGAGGGCUUCUUCCGCGACCUCGGCAAGGCCAUCACCGACCGCAAGGCGUGCAGGCCUUGCGACUGCCAUCCGGUGGGCUCCUCGGGCAAGACGUGCAACCAGACGAGCGGGCAGUGCCCGUGCAAGGACGGGGUCACGGGGCUCACCUGCAACCGCUGUGCGCGCGACUACCAGCAGAGCCGCUCGCCCGUCGCACCCUGCAUACGAAUCCCUCAUGCCGAGCCGACUCCGAUGGUCACCACGACACAGGCGCCAAAAGACUGUGACGUCUACUGCAAGCCAUCGAAGGGCAAAGUGAAGAUCACGCUGCAGAAAUACUGCAAGAAGGACUACGCGCUUCACCUCCACCUGGUGAGCCGCUCGGCGGUGCGCGAGUGGACGCGCUUCACCGCCGAGAUCCGCUCCGUCUUCAAGUGGGGCGGGGGGCCCUCGGGCGUGGGGCCCCCCGCGGCCGCCCCCCCGGCGCCGCCUCAACCGGCCCCCCACGACGCGGCGACGUUGCGGCUUCGUGGCGGCAACGGCGGCGGCAACGGCGGCGGCAACGGCAACAACCGGCGGCGCGCGCGCGGCAAGAAACAGGGCAAGCGGCGUCACCAGCAGCAGCAGCAACAGCAGCAGCAACAGCAGCAGCAGCAACAGCAGCAGCAGCAUCCGCAGCAGUGGCUGUGGAUCCGCAGCAGGGACCUGGCGUGCCGCUGCCAGAAGCUGCGAGUGGGCCGCUCCUACCUGCUGCUGCUCAGCUCCUCGUCGCCGGCGGGGGGGGGCUCGGGCCCCCCUGCCGAGGCUCCCUCGCAGGGGUCUUCGCAGGGUCCCCUUCGCACCCAGCAGCAGCAGCAGCAGGGCCCGCUGGUGGCCGACCGCGCCAGCGUGAUUGUGCAGUGGCGCGACGCGUGGGCACGCCGCCUCCGCCGCUUCCACCGCAGGGAGAAGAGCGGCAAGUGCGGAGUGCCCUGAGUC